AUGGAUCCUCGGGAUAUUAACUUCAGAGCCAGAAAUGAGACCUACAGGAAGCUCCUCGAGCCUGGAUCGCCGUUCAACUGGAUGGAUGAAGCUUCGGAUGACGAUAUGACUUCGAGAGACGAGAUAAGCUCUACCAGCUCGACAGAGACACUAACAGUGUCGGACGAAGUGCUAAUGCACGAUUUCGAUGAGAUGGAUUUCGACAAGCCCUUAGAGAGUGAGAAGGAAGAGGUAUCUGCUGGCACCAGCAUGGAUUGGACUGCAACCGAGGCGAAUGAUGAGUCAUCUAAGAGGAGUCACGCUAUCCAAAGGGCUUACCAGAGUCUCGGCUACAACCUGAAUAACUUUCACCAAAGCCAGAGUCUAAAUACUGAUGGUCAUGGCAUGGAGCUUGGAGAAGCAGCACGUAAUGACUAUGGGGGGCUGGCCCCUUCACCGGCCUUUAGCGAGGACAUGGAGAGCGCCGAGGUAAGGCUCAUCAGGGUCGAAAUCGACCAUGAAUUCGAUGCUCGUGAGGCCUACAUGCACCACGUAGACGAGUCCGAGUCAGUCCACCACUUCAACUGGUUUGGGGAUCCCGUCCCACAAGAGAGUCGGACACCACCGGCGAUCUCACUCUUCUUCCAGCUAACCGACCCGAAGGUCCCCAGAGCUGGGGACGAGCUUCGCCUCAAAGCCCUGUUGAAGAAUGCUAUGGUCUACAUAGACCCGGUAGUUGUUGAUCUCGAAACUAGAGGACAAAGACUCCCAGGAACGAUCACUGACUUCGUUGAAUGGGCAUCCAAGCUCACGUUCAGGUACUACAGCCCACACGGUUGGUGGCGCAAUGAUCCCAGGGUAACCAACGAUGAGUGUCUGCAAGACCCUGGCAAUCCUUAUGACUAUCUGCUUGAGGACUUUGGUAUAGCUACUGGCUUCGUACAGAAAAAUAAAUUCCCGUCGACCCGGGAUUGGUUUGAGAGGCAACAAUCGCGGCUUGCCGAGCUCGAACAGACGGAUCGAAACCGGCACUUCAGGAGGGAGAAAGAGAAGUCUUGCAAGCCCUCGCCUCUUAGGGAGUCAAUUACUUGUGAGCCUGAUGAGACACCUCCCCAAAUCAGCGCCUUGACGGACAACUCGCUCGAGAGCUUCUCGACUCGAAUGAGGAUUAUGAGCGAUGUGCCCCAAAGCGGUGCUAAAACUGGCCUGCGACAAGAUCCGCACAGCCCGGACCUUUACACCUUGACCUUGCUACCAGAGUUGUCAGAGGAGGAGGAGGAGCAGUCCAGUCCUGAGGGGGGGGGUAAGGCUCUGAACUGA